UGAGUAUUUCAGAACAAGUAUCACGAAGGCCCGUAAGAGGUCAGGUUUGUUCUGCUUUCGUCUGUGUGGUCUUCGUCUAUAUAGAAUAUUUACUGAGGAGGCACAGAUCGCAGCACUUGUAUUGUGUUUAUAUGAGACGCGGUGGAUUUUAACGUAACGUAUCUCGUGUAAAAAUAAAAGUUAUCAAGUGUUUCAUGAUUAUGGAUUUAUUACCAGAACAUGGUUCAACCUUUUGGAAAACUGGCAGAUUAAAAACAUUCGAAGAUUGGCCUUUUCAAUCUUCUGAUAAUUCAUGCAAUCCCGAGAAAAUGGCUGCUGCUGGUUUUUUUGCUGUAGGUGGUAAAGAAGAGCCUGAUUUAGUUGAAUGUUUUAUCUGCUCCAAACAACUUGAUGGUUGGGAUCCUGAUGAUGAUCCAUGGAAGGAACACAUUAAACAUCAGUCAAAUUGCCCAUUUAUUAAUUUAGGAAAACCUGACGAGACUUUAUGGACUAUAUCUGAAUUAUUUAAUCUCUUCAAAAAAUAUACAGUGAAAGAAUGUACACAUGAAUUAAACAAAGCUAUAGCUACAGCAAAAGAAGAAAGCGUAAGACUAGUGGAGCAAAUACCUCACAUAUAUAUGGAAUUAAGAAAGAAUACUACAAAUCAAAGUUAAGAUAGCUUUGGUAAAGUAAAGACUUGUUCUAUUCCUUACUUAUGUUUCAUUAUAGUUAUGAUUUAAUUUUUCCGUUUUUUAAUAAACAUUUUUUACUGGAAGAAAUAA